AAGUGAACACACACUUAAGGGAGACAACAAAAGCCAGGGACCAACAAAAGCCCUGAAUGGCGUGAGGGGAGUGAUGCUGCCUUCAAGCACACUCCGUAAAGCCCCCCUUUCACGAGGAUCAAUCCAUUCGGCGCAACAGUAAAUCAAUAUCUCUCCCUCGAGCACGUCACAUCACGUGCUGCCAUAUUGACGCCAUGUAACUCAGUCAUCCGUGUGAACGUUGAUAUUUGAAUUCCACAGCGGUGAAUGGCAGUCAUUUAUUUUUUGAAAAUGUUGAAACAGACGCGGAGCAAGUUGCGUGGUGCGCGGAGAGUGCGCACGCCUCCCACUGCCCUUGAAAGCAGCAUCAGCAGCAGCCUUCCUGGUCGGUCAGAUCUGGCUGGCUGCUCGUGACGUGCACAACCGAGCUGAGCCGAGCUCGAGCGACUUUUCCUGGCAGAGCCGCGGGAGGGACGCGAAGCGGUGUUUGUCUCUCCGUCCGUUCGUCCGUUUGGGGGACUCGUAACCGGCGGCCAUGGAUUCGUCCGCCUCCCGCUCUUCUCGCCGCUGAGGGACCGUCGGAUGCUCCAGAAGCCGUCGAGGCGGCGGAGGAGGAGGACUGGGAGGGGGCAUCCCGGUCGUUCUUCGACCACCAGGUGACAGGUGGGAGUGAAAGAGGAAGUGAGGCAUGCAGGAGGAAGGUGAUGGAGGGCCGGCCUAACAGCAAAAGCCCAAAUCAGGAAGGAUGCAUCAGAGGCAGAGGAGGACUGGUUGGGAAAAAGAAAGAGAGGAGGAGAAUGUGAAAGACACGAGGAAAGGAGAGACAAAGGCGGUCUUGGGAAGGAAAGGAGGGAAGAGACAGGAAGGAAACAAACCACUGACUCCUGCUUUGUUUUGUUUCCUACCAGACAGACACGACAGAGCUGCAUCUGACCACAGAAGAAGAAGAAAAAGAAGAGGGCACCAGAAGAGAAAGGAAGGAAGCAAGGAGGAAGAAGAGCGAAGAAGAGGCCUUCAUCCUGGGAGAAUCGCUGACGAUUAGAAGGAGGAGGAAACGCCACCAUGAGCGACCAGAACGUGGUCAAGGAAGGAUGGGUCCAAAAAAGAGGCGAGUACAUCAAGAACUGGCGUCCUCGCUACUUCCUGCUCAAGACGGACGGCUCCUUUAUCGGCUACAAGGACAAACCGCAGGAUUCGGAUCUGGCUUACCCGCUCAACAACUUCUCUGUUGCAAAAUGUCAGCUAAUGAAGACGGAGCGUCCCAAACCCAACACCUUCAUCAUCCGCUGCCUGCAGUGGACCACCGUCAUCGAAAGGACUUUUCACGUUGACACGCCUGACGAGAGGGACGAGUGGGCGGAGGCCAUCCAGAUGGUGGCGGAGUCGCUGGCCAAGCAGGAGGAGGAGGGCAUCCUGUGCAGCCCCACCUCGCAGAUCGAGAACGUCAACGAGGAGGAGAUGGACACCUCCAUCAGCCACUACAAACGGAAGACAAUGAAUGACUUUGACUAUCUGAAGCUUCUGGGCAAAGGUACCUUUGGUAAAGUCAUCCUGGUGCGAGAGAAAGCGAGCGGAACUUACUACGCCAUGAAGAUCCUCAAGAAGGAGGUCAUCAUUGCCAAGGAUGAAGUCGCUCACACGCUUACAGAAAGUCGGGUAUUAAAAAACACUCGGCAUCCAUUCCUGACGUCUCUCAAGUACUCAUUCCAGACCAAGGACCGCCUCUGCUUCGUCAUGGAAUACGUCAACGGAGGAGAGCUCUUUUUCCACCUGUCACGGGAACGAGUGUUUUCCGAGGACCGCACGCGUUUCUACGGAGCCGAGAUCGUCUCCGCUCUGGACUACCUGCAUUCUGCCAAGAUCGUGUACCGGGAUCUGAAGCUGGAGAACUUGAUGUUGGACAAAGACGGACACAUCAAGAUCACCGACUUCGGCCUGUGCAAAGAAGGUAUCACGGACACGGCCACCAUGAAGACCUUCUGCGGGACGCCCGAGUAUCUGGCGCCGGAGGUGCUGGAGGACAACGACUACGGCCGCGCGGUGGACUGGUGGGGCUUGGGCGUGGUGACGUACGAGAUGAUGUGCGGCCGCCUGCCUUUCUACAAUCAGGACCACGAGAAGCUCUUUGAGCUGAUCCUCAUGGAGGAGAUCAAGUUCCCGCGCACGCUGUCCGCCGACGCCAAGUCUCUGCUCUCGGGCCUCCUCAUCAAGGACCCCAACAAACGGCUGGGCGGCGGUCCGGACGACGCCAAGGAGAUCAUGCGACACAGUUUCUUUGUCACCGUGGACUGGCAGGAUGUCUACGACAAGAAGAUGGUCCCGCCCUUCCAGCCUCAGGUGAGCUCAGAGACGGACACGCGAUACUUCGACGAAGAGUUCACGGCGCAGACCAUCACCAUCACGCCACCCGAGAAAUAUGACGAGGACGGAAUGGACGCCGCGGACAACGAGCGGCGGCCUCACUUCCCGCAGUUCUCCUACUCUGCCAGCGGGCGAGAGUGAGAGCCCGCGCCCCGCUCGCCCCGGCCUGACCCGGACCCGUAAACCCUGCGCUAAACCCAACCCGCCUGCCUCGUCUCUACCGGUGGCCAUUUUGAGGAAAACACGUAGCCAUUUUUAGGAAAAAACCAGUACCAGUCUCUCCUCUUUGUUGUUCCGGCGGGCGCAGGAAGUGGGGCAAGUCUCUCGGUGGACUUUAAAAAGUUUUUUUGCACAGUGGCCGCGCAACCACGCUAAACACGAGUUGGCCACACUUCUGCGGAGGGCCGACUUUGUCCUUAUUUAUUUUCCUCUCCAUCUCAGUAUUACCUUCUUCACGUCCAUCUCGUCCUCGUGCUGAUCGCCCCUUUUUUUUUUUUUUUUUUUUUUUUUUUUUUUUUUGCACUGGCGACGGAAGAAGUAGACGACGAGGCACUUCUUUUUGUUUUCGGGAACAAAGCACCAAAAACGUUGCCUUACAUGUGGCCACCUUGCCCACGUCCCGUCGCAUCCGCACGCCCUCAGCUUUUGUUUUGCUCAAGACAAAAUGUGCAUGACUCCCGGUUCACCUCAACCGGACCGCACACAAAAUCGUCUGUUUGUUGUGAAGCCGGUUGCCAUGGAAAUACACGUUCUCAAAGGGGGGGGGCCCAUCUUUAGCAUUCCUCUCGUCGUUGCGUGACCACUCUUUUGCACAAAGAGUGCGAAUGGCUAUUUGUACGUGCCCUCCGAUUGGCUGGCAACCAGUUCAGGGUGUGCCCCGCCUCCUGCCCGUAGAUAGCUGAGAUAGGCACCAGCACUCCUGCAACCCUUAUGAGGAUAAGCGGCUGUGAAAAUGGAUGGAUCGAUAAUAUAUAUACACACACAUACAUACAUGCAUGCAUGCAUGCAUACACACAGGCACUGUCAUUUUCCCUGCGCCAUAUUUGAAGGAAUUGUGCGUCCGUUGUGCCGCCGUGUUGAAAACUCUUUCAAGAUGUUAAAAGCGGACAUGUUGGCAUAGCCCAGGGAGAGCUCGACUUGACUCAUUACAUUACAUUCCUGACACGUCGAAAUCUGCCGGAACGCUAUAGAUGCUAACGUGCGUAGAAGGCGCCGUCACGAGUCCCAUUUUGUUUCAAUGUUGUUCCAUCCAGCAGCUUCUACCUGUAGCUCGCCAGAAUGCGGUUGGCAUCUUCACGGCUCGGCUCAAGUGCGUUUUGGGAAGCGCUUUCAUCCAGCAGCUUAUGACACAACCGCAACAAAGUCGACACAUUUCCCAGCGGCAAAACUCAGGAGUCACGCGUCCGUUCAGUCAGCCGAAGUCUUGCUCCAAUCCAGCUUCCAGUGUGCCCGAUUGCUCUUCAUUUGGAAAGGCUAACGUGCUAACGCUAGCGGCGAGGGCAACAUCAGGUUGAGGCCGUCCGGUGGAAGUCACCCCCAAACGAAGAGAAAUCCUGAUGUUCGGGUGGGAUAGGGAUGGGGGGGUGGGGGGGGGGUCUUCUUUUGCACGCAUUCCGAGGACGACCAAUCACUUUGAGUGUAAACGACGCUUCCAGACGUAGAAUUUUCCGUCUCGUUCCAGAAACAUUCCCGUCAAAUAAUGACACUGCCCGGUGUCAUGUACAUAGUUAUGCAAUUCUCUCUGUCUCUCGAUGGGUCUGUCGCCAUGGAGACGGAUCUCAGCCCCCCCUCCCCUUUCUCCGUUCAAUCGGUUCCUGCCCAGCGACGUUUGUUCACCGUGAUGACAAAGAAGGCAAAAUAUUGAAAAGAAAAAAAAAGUUUUGGCGGGUUUUCGUCAUCCUGUUCCUUUGUUUUCUUGAACUUGGUGAGCUGGGGGGGGGGGUUAAAAAAAGCACCUCGGGAAAAGUCGCUGGAUGAUUAAGUCAUUAACUGUUCUUUUGUUUUCACCUUUAGUUUUGUUUUUGGAUGGUUUUGUUUUUUGUUUUCUUACCAAAACGUUAGAGCAAGAACCCAGUAGUGGACUUGCUUUGCUGUGCUAGUAUUUAUUUUCAAUUAAAUUAAAACAAAUACAUUUCACACUCAA